AGACAUUUCAAGUUUCAAUCUGAAAAUCUGAACUCAAAAAAAGAAAGAAAGCAAAUCAGCGAAGAAUAAUGAGAAUGGAAGAAAGGAGAGUAGAGGGUUCUGUUGUUUUGGCCUUGUUGGUGAGCAGUUUGGUGCUGUGCGCUUCAUUUGGGAGGGUUGGUGCUGCUGAUGAGAGUGGUUUAGCAAAUGAGUGCAGCAAAGAUUUCCAGAGUGUGAUGACUUGCCUGAGCUUUGCGCAAGGGAAGGUGGCGACGCCGACUAAGGAGUGUUGUAGUUCGGUGUCGAGUAUUAAAGAAAGCGAGCCUAAAUGUUUGUGCUAUAUUCUUCAGCAGACUCAGACGUCUGGGGCUCAGAACCUCAAGAGCUUGGGGGUCCAGGAAACCAAGCUUCUUCAGCUUCCUUCUGCUUGCCAGUUAAAGAACGCUAGCGUCAGUUACUGCCCAAAGCUUCUUGGAUUAUCUCCAAACUCGCCAGACGCUGCCAUCUUCACCAAUAUUUCCUCACCGACAGCAACGACACCCGCUUCAGUAUCCGCCGGAACACCGUCAUCUGCUUCAGAGAAAAGUGAUAGUAAAUCCAGUGGAACCAAGCUUGGAAUCCACCUCGUUGGUUCCACCACUCUACUGGUUGCUUCCGCCAUAUUUUUCUAUGCAUUCCCAGCUGGAUUUGCUUCUCUGCUUUAGUCUUUGCUUGAGACUCUGGACUGAAUUAAUUAAGGACUUUGGCGUUCCAGUCUCAGAAAACGGAUUGCCACUUAUGAUGAUUUUCCUGUAUUUUUUGUUGUUGUUUUUUUUAAUAUAUAUUUGGGGUUGUCCAACUUGAAUUAAAAUUCUGAUCACGUUGUUUUCUCUAUCUCUAGCUGCCACAACUUAAUUUUAUCGUUGCUAUUUCAUUCCAACUGCAUUGUUGUUUCCUUACUUUAAAUGAAUUAAAUGAA